AUGGCUCCGGUGACCUGGUCUAAACUCCCAGAAGAUCUGCUGGAGAGCAUCUUGAGGAAGCCAACAAAUGUCGUUAAUCUAUACAAGUGCAGCUUCGUGUGUCAUGCAUGGCGGUCCGUCGUCGAAAGGGUGUUAGCGUCGACACCUCCGCACCGACUUGUUUACUCAAAGGAACUCAGAAUUGUAAGAAGCAUAAGUUUCAAGAAUGUUUUUACCGGCGCAACGGAGGUGUGUAGACUUCCCGAGUUCAAUACCGGUGAUGGGCGGCCCCUGUUUCCCAGAAGCGUCUACUCCUGGCAUCGUUGGCUGGUAAUGGAUUGCAGCACAUUCCAUGCCUGCAAUCACUUGAAUCAUCGUGGUGAUCAUCAUAUCUGUCUCUAUGACCCAUUCUCGAAUGCUCGGAUUCGGUUCCCUGCUUUCACACUUGACAACUUUGUAUCAAUUGAUCCCACAAGACGCAAGUUCGUUGUGUCAAUUGAUCCCACAAGACGCAAGUUCGUUGUGUCUUGUGACCCGAAAAAUCCAAGAUCAAUUGGUUUAGCUGUUCGUAAUGGGCGAUAUCUUGAGAAGUUGAUGUUCUGGAAACCAGGAGAUGGGGAGUGGACAACCUUUGUUGUGCAGCAGUGGCGCAUUUUUGAUAUUACAAGCUACGAGGGUGGAUUCUGUGUUCUUGACGGAAAACUCAAGCGUAUAGAAUUUGAUCAUGAGUUGGGUACUCUCAAAAUAAAGCAUGUAUCAUCAAGGUAUUAUCAUCCAACUAACUAUCUGGUGGAAUCGCUCUGUGGGGAUUUGUUGUUGGUUCAACUGGAUAUCGAGCAUAAGGUUGAAGUUUUCAGAAUGGAUUGGGUGAGGAAGGCGUGGGAUGAGAUCAAAAGCUUGGGUGAUGAAGCAAUUUUCUUGAGCUGUCAUGAAUCUGUGUCCAUACAAGCUAAGGACUACACCAUAUUCAAACCUAAUUGCAUCUAUUUCACAGAUGGUGCCUUCAGUAUGCCAGUAGAGCAAAUGGAGUUGGGGGUAUACGAUAUCGCAAAUCAGACUGUCGGUUCAGUCCCUCUCUCUAUUCCUCGUGACGAUAAGAAACAAUGCUACCGAUGGUUCACAACGCAAAUAUAG